AGUGAAAAAAUAAACAAUGCGGUGAUGCAGAGAUAAAAAUAUAUAAAAUCGUUGAAAAGUGUGUUUAAUUAACGAGAAAUCGCAAUGGAAACACAAUCUGAUGUGCCCGAGGCACCAUUACGCCCCUUUAAAUUGGCGCAUCAGGUUGUGAGUCUCACCGGCAUCAGUUUUGAGCGUCGCAGCAUAAUUGGCAUGGUGGAGCUGACCAUAGUGCCCAACAAUGAGAGCUUACGUCUUAUCCGCCUCAAUGCCAAGCAGCUUCGAAUUUACAGUGUCGUCCUCAAUGAUGUUUGUCAUGCGGAGUUUGUUUACUUCGAUCCCUUUCAGGAUAUUUGUCACAAGGAGCCCAAAAGUCGCUCUUUGGAAGUCUUCUCGGAGAAUCAUUUGACCGCAGCUCAAACUGUCGAUCCUGAUGUGAACAAUGGAGAAUUGAUUAUACAGGUGCCACCGGAGGGUUAUUCCCUCAUACAGGAAGGUCGAGGUCUGCGAGUACGCAUCGAAUUCUCUGCAGAAAAUCCCAAAGGUGGCAUGCAUUUUGUUAUACCACCGACAUCCUCGGAAGAUGACACGGCACAGCUUAACUGUGCGCACAUGUACACGAAUUGCUAUGAGAACUCGACACGUCUUUGGUUUCCCUGUGUCGACAGCUUCGCAGAUCCCUGCACAUGGCGACUAGAAUUUACAGUGGACAAAAAUCUGACGGCUGUUUCCUGCGGUGAACUGGUCGAGGUCAUUAUGACUCCGGAUUUGAGAAAGAAAACCUUUCACUACACUGUGUCUACGCCUGUCUGUGCACCGAACAUUGCUCUGGCCGUAGGACCCUUUGAAAUCUACGUGGACCCGCAUAUGCACGAGGUGACGCACUUCUGCCUGCCUGGCAUGUUGCCUCUGUUGAAGAAUACGGUUCGAUAUUUGCAUGAGGCCUUUGAGUUCUUUGAGGAGACACUCUCCACCCGGUAUCCCUUCUCCUGCUACAAACAGGUGUUUGUAGACGAACUGGACACGGACAUUAGUGCCUAUGCAACCAUGACGAUAGCUUCUGUUAAUCUACUGCACUCCAUUGCCAUUAUUGACCAAACCUACGUUUCGAGAACCUUUAUGUCCCGUGCUGUGGCCGAACAGUUCUUUGGCUGCUUUAUCACAUCGCAUCAUUGGUCGGACACUUGGCUAGCAAAGGGAAUAGCCGAGUAUUUGUGUGGUCUGUACUCCCGCAAGUGUUUUGGCAACAAUGAAUAUCGCGAGUGGGUGCAGUCGGAGCUGGCACGUGUGGUCAAGUACGAGGAACAGUAUGGUGGCAUCAUACUCGACUGCAGCCAACCGCCGGCACCACUUCCUGUGUCCAGCACUAAUCCAGCGGCAGCUGCCAGCAAACAACAGGAGAUUGUCCACUAUUUUCCCAUUAAGAGUCUGCACACGGUGUCACCGAAGUACGUGGAGGCAAUGCGUCGCAAAGCUCAUCUCGUCAUCCGCAUGCUGGAGCAUCGCAUUGGCCAGGAGUUGCUCAUUCAGGUGUUUAACAAGCAACUGGCCUUGGCUACAAAUGCAGCAGCCACUAAAAUUGGCGCUGGUCUCUGGUCACAGCUUCUCAUCUCUACGAACAUCUUCAUCAAGGCAAUCUUUACGGUCACGGGCAAAGAUAUGUCGGUGUUCAUGGAUCAAUGGGUGCGCACUGGAGGACAUGCCAAGUUCUCACUUACCUCUGUGUUCAAUCGCAAGCGAAAUACCAUCGAACUGGAGAUUCGCCAGGACUUUGUCAAUCAGCGGGGAGUGAGGAAGUAUAAUGGACCAUUGCUGGUGCAAUUACAGGAGCUGGAUGGUACCUUUAAGCAUACGCUGCAGAUUGAAAACACGCUGGUCAAAGCGGACAUCACUUGCCAUUCGAAGAGCAGGCGAAACAAGAAGAAAAAGAUUCCACUUUGCACUGGCGAGGAGGUUGACAUGGAUCUAUCUGCCAUGGAUGACUCGCCUGUUUUGUGGAUACGACUGGAUCCGGAAAUGAUAUUGCUGCGGGAUCUGAUCAUUGAGCAACCGGACUUCCAGUGGCAAUAUCAGCUCCGGCAUGAGCGAGAUGUAACUGCCCAAUUUCAGGCUAUACAAGCGCUGCAGAAGUAUCCAACAAAUGCUACGAGAUUGGCAUUAACCGACACAAUUGAGAGUGAAUCGUGCUUCUACAAGGUGCGUUGCCAGGCGGCACAUAGCCUUACCAAGGUGGCCAAUCAAAUGGUGGCUUCAUGGAGCGGUCCACCUGCCAUGCUUAACAUCUUUCGAAAGUUCUUUGGCUCCUUCAGUGCCCCGCACAUCAUUAAGCUGAACAACUUUUCCAACUUUCAAUUGUACUUCUUGCAAAAGGCCAUUCCAGUGGCUAUGGCGGGCUUACGCACAUCUCAUGGCAUUUGCCCACCGGAAGUAAUGCGUUUUCUGUUCGAUCUCUUCAAAUACAACGAGAACUCGCGCAAUCAUUAUACGGAUGCCUAUUAUAGAGCGGCUCUGGUGGAGGCACUCGGAGAGACACUUACGCCCGUGGUGUCUGUGGCAAUGCAUGGCACACAGAUCACAACCGACAGCCUCUCCACGGAUGCUAAACUUGUGCUGGAUGAAGUGACGCGUCUGCUAAACAUGGAGAAGCACUUGCCCUCCUAUAAAUACAUGGUGUCCGUCUCCUGCCUUAAGGUCAUACGCAAGCUGCAAAAGUUUGGACAUCUGCCCUCGUUGCCGCACAUUUAUCGCAGCUACGCAGAGUAUGGCAUCUUUCUGGAUUUGCGCAUUGCCGCCAUGGAAUGUCUUGUGGAUUGUGUGGACGCAAGGAUGGAGCAGCUGAUGAUCGCAGCACGACAUGCUCUCGCUCAGCUGCUCAUUGACAAUCCUCCCUUUACAAGGGAAUCGAGAAGUCGACUGGACAGAUCGAAUCUUGUUGAGCGAUUGUGGCUAAGCAUUAACACGUUGGCCUGCGACACGAAACUCCGUUGCGAUAUUGUGGAUCUGUACUAUGCUUUGUACGGCAGCAAGAGGCCUAAUUGCAUGCAGGCGAACGAGAAUCAGAGCUUCUACAAGGAUUUCAUCAAGGAAAACAGCAAUUCGAGCAAUACUUUCAAAAAGAGCGAGUCCAAGGCACCAGAAAGAACAGAGACCGAGCCUCUAGAGAGGCAUAAGCCAGCAAUGGUUACCAUUAAAAGAACAGCCACCGAAGCCUUUGAAGUUGGCGAUGAAAUAAUCAAAUUGGAAAGAAGCGAGGAGAUCACAGUGAUGGAUGAGCCCAUCGAUGUGCAGGCCUACGACAGUGAGACCAGAAUAAAUGUAAUGAAUGCUGAUGAAGCUGCUGGUGAUUCUCAGCUGGCCACGAAGCGAAUGAAAACAGAGAUCUAUGGAGAAGACGAUAAUUCGAUGAUGGUGCUCGAUGUGGGUGAAUCAACGCGAUACGAGAGCAGCUACGACGAGGCCAAAUUCAAAGCCGACGGCAGUGUAAAAAAGAAGAAAAAGAAGGACAAGAAGAAGCACAAGCAUAAACACAAGCACAAACACAACAAGGACAAAGAUAAAGAUCGAGAUCGCAAGGAUAAAGAUCGUAGAGAUCCACAUAUCUCACGUCUGCAGGCAAGGGAGGCGGCCACACCCGAAACUCUAAGCUCGGCGGACAGCAGCAACAGCAACAGCAAUACCGCAAUUGGCCUAAACUAAGCGAGGGUCAAUCUAACAAUUACCAGGUUUAAGUACAGAAACAAAAGGUUUAUGUUUAAAUUGAAUAAACUAAUUUAGCCCAAAUGUGU